UUCAGCACAGUGACUGGCACAAGGAACCCCUGAGGAUCAUGGACCCUGAAUGCUCCCGCCUCCUCCCAGCUCUCUGUGCUGUUCUGGCAGAUCCCAGGCAACCGGUGGCAGAUGACACCUGUUUGGAGAAGCUCCUGGAUUGGUUUAAAACGGUGACAGAGGCAGAGUCCAGUCUUCUACUGCUGCAAGAGAACCCCUGCCUGGUAGAGCUACUGUCCCACAUACUGAGACCGCAGGAUGUGAGCCCCAGAGUCCUCUCCUUUUCCCUGCGCCUUGCUGCCUUUGCGGCCCAGGAAGACUGCUUCCAGUACCUUCAGCAGGGGGAUUUGCUGUUGGGGCUCUUCGGGGAGGCAGGAACCCUGGGCUGGGCAGCCUGGAAUGUCCCUACAGUGCGCAGCGGCUGGAUCCAGGGCCUGAGCUCCCUGGCACAGCACCCCAGUGCCCUGCACUUCCUGGCUGACAGUGGUGCAGUUGACACUGUCUUCUCCCUGCAGGGAGACCCAAGCCUGUUUGUGGCUUCGGCUGCCAGUCAGCUCCUGGUGCACAUACUGGCUUUGUCCAUGCAUGGCGAAGCUGUGGAGCACCAUAGCCCACAGGGCAGUGCCUGGCCUACAUGUGCCCAGAAGAUCGUGGGUCAUGUGGAAGAGUCCUUGCGCUCCACAGCUGCCCCACAGGUCACUCAGGCCCUGAACGUCCUGACUACCACCUUUGGACGCUGCCACAGUCCCUGGACAGAGGUUCUCUGGGAGCAGCUGAGUCCCCUUGUGGCCUGCCUGCUUGAGAGAGACCCCAUUCCAGCUGGACACUCACUCGUUGACCUCCUCCUCAGUGUGGCCCGUUCUCCUGUGUUCAGUUCUGCAGACUGUGGCCUGUGGGAGACAGUGGCUCAGACUCUGAGCCGUCUGAGCCCCACUCAAGCGGGACCUCUGGCCUUAGGGACACUGAAACUCCAGCACUGUCCACAGGCACUGAGGACCCAGGCCUUUGGAGUCCUCCUCCAGCCCCUGGCCUGUAUCCUGAAAGCCACCAUUCAGGCCCCCGGGUCUCCAGGCUUGCUGGAUGGGACUGUGGGCAGCUCCAUGACAGUGGAUGCACUCCUGUCCUCCAAGUCGGCCUGUGCAGGGCUCCUGUGCCAGACUCUGGCUCAGCUGGAGGAGCUGCACCCACUGCCCCACCGCCCCUCACCCUGGCCCCAGGCAUCCCUUUUGGAAGCUGUAGUGACCAUACUGCAACUUUGCGAUGGCUCAGCUGCCCCUGGCUCCAGUGUGGGGGGCCGCCUCUGUGGGACCCUGGCAGGCUGUGUCCGGGUGCAGCGAGCAGCCCUUGAUUUCCUGGGGACACUGUCUCAGGGGACAAGCCCCCCGGAGUUGGUGCCACAGGUGUUUGCCGUCCUCUUGGAGUACCUCGAGAGCCCUGACUCCAGCCCCACGGUUCUGAAGAAGGCCUUCCAGGCCACGCUCGGGUGGCUCCUGAGCUCACCCAAGACCCCCGGCUGCUCUGAUUUUGGCCCCCACAUCCCGCUGUUCCUCGGAGAGCUGUUCCCCGUGCUGCAGAAGCGCCUGUGCAGCCCCUGCUGGGAGGUGAGGGACUCGGCCCUGGAGUUCUUCACGAAUCUGAGCAGACACUGGGGAGGGCAGGCAGAUUUCAGACAGGCGCUCUUCUCUUCAGAGGCACCUACGCUCACCCAGCAGCUUCUCCGAGACCCUGAGAGUUACGUCCGAGCGAGCGCAGUGACUGCCAUGGCGCAGCUGUCUAGCCAGGGCCUGCAUGCCACCCUCGCCAGCCCUGAGCACCCAGAGGCCGAGCAGGGCCUGCUCAGGGAGUUCCUGCACAUUCUGUCUGCAGACUCGGAGGGCUUCCCACGGAGGGCGGUCGUGCAGGUCUUCACCCAGUGGCUGAGGGACGGCCAUGCUGAGGUAGCCCGGGACACAGAGCAGUUUGUGGCUACUGUGCUCCAGGUGGUGAGCCAGGACCUGGACUGGGAGGUUCGGGUACAGGGCCUGGAGCUGGCGCAGGUGUUCCUGACCCAGAAACUGGGGCAGCCUGGCCAUUGUCCCUACACAGUGUCCCUCCCUGAGGCCCCCCUGCCCAGAUUGCGCCCUGAGGUGCUGCGGACUCUCUGCCAGCCUCGGCUCCUAGAGUUUGCCUUUCGUGCCUUGUUUGACUGUGACCGACCUGUGGCCCAAAAGGCCUGCAACCUCCUCCUCUUCCUGAGAGACAAGACUGCUCCCUAUGCAGGCAUGCAGGAAACUGGGGACAGUCCCCGCUUGGACUCCAUGGAGGCUGCACUGCAGAGGUGGCAAGCAGGCGAGCAGGGCCAGCCCCUGGGGGACCCAGAGCCUGAGGCCAUGCUGGCUGUCCUGAGGUCCCUAGAUCUGGAGGGCCUUCAGGGCAGGCUGGCUGAGAGCAGCGACCAUGUGGAGAAGAGCCCACAGUCCCUCCUGCAGGACAUGCUGGCCACAGUGGACAUACUGGAGGAGAAUGAGGCUGACUGCUACUGAAGCCAUCAGCUCCCUCCACGGGCCCUGCCAUCCCAGGGGCUCCAGCUCAGGCUGGCUGUGCAAGGGACUCUCCAGGAAACUGACCAAAAAUCCCCACAUUCUGAUGUGUUAUUAAAAAAGUGGCUUAUUUUCUACUCAAGUCCAGUAGCACUGAAGUCUAUAAUCCACUUCAGGGUGGUUUUGUACUUGGUAUAAGACAGGGUUGGGUUCCCUCCUUACCCCAACUGACAGUUUCCCACCCAGUCUGUGAAGAGAGCUCCCUCCCAGCGGGCCUCCCUGCCCAGCAGGCCUCCCUCCCAACGGGCCUCCCUCCCAGCGGGCCUCCCUGCCCAGCAGGCCUCCCUCUCAACGGGCCUCCCUCCCAACGGGCCUCCCUCCCAGCGGGCCUCCCUCCCAGCGGGCCCGAUUACUCUAGCUCCACAGUUGCCCGUGAAGUUGGGCAACAUGAGCCUGACAGCUUUUGUUUUUCUUUCUCAAAGUUGCUUUGCUGUUGGAAGUCUUUUGUGGCUUCACAUGAGUGUUAGAAUUGUCCUUUCUGUUUUGUGAAGAGGGCCCCUGGGCUUUUGGUAGCAACUACCUUGAGUCCUUAGGUCACUUUGAGGAGUGUGGCUAUUUUAACACCACUAAAGAUUUCACCCCUGAAAAAGGGGACCUUCCACCCAUAUUUGUGUCUUCUUUGUCUCCCUCCUCUGUCUUCCUGUUUUAAGCAUUCAGUUUUCAGUCUUUAGUUAAAUUUAUUCCUAAAUAAUGUUGGGUUUUUUGGUGCUAUACAAAUGAGAUCAUCGUCUUAAUUUCUUUUUCAGGGAGUUCACCUUUAGCGUGUAGGAACAACUGAUGUUUGUAUGUUGUCUUUUGUAUCUUGGAACUUUCCUGAAUUUGUUUACCUAGCCAUGUUUUGGUAGGUCUUUAGAGUUUUUUGCAUACAAGAUCAUGUCAUCGGCAAACAGAUGGUUUUCUUUCUCCCUUCUAUUUGAUAACCUUUGUUUCUUUUUCUUGCCUAAUCUCUCUGACUAGGAUUUCCAGCACUGUUGUGGAAAUGGUGAGUGGGUGCUCCUGUCUUGUUCCUGAUCUUAGAGGAAAAGCCUUUGGCUUUUCACUGUUGAGUCUGAUGUUGACUGUGGGCUUGUCACUCAUGGUCUUUGUGAUGUUGAGGUGCAUACCUUCUAUGCCUAGUUUGUUGAGUGUUUUCGUCAUGAGAGGGGGUUGAGUGCUUUUUCUGCAUCUGUCAAAAUGGUCAUGUGAUUUUUAUUCCUCUGUUAAUGUGAACCAUCCAUCCUUGUAUCCCAGGAAUAAAUUCCAUCUGAUCAU